AUGGAUGGCACAGAUGUAAUGAGUCGCUUCCCAAACUUACCGAAAAUGGCCGAAGCUGUCGGAAAUGUCGACGUAGUUGCAAAGGUUGAGUCGUUGAAAAAAUGGACCAUUGGCACGUUCAAGAAUUCGAGACAACAACUGCUGGAGCAUAUGGGGAAGAUUGACAAGACUGUUGAUGAGCAGUUCGAAAAGGAGUGCGAGGAUCUUAAGGAUUUGCAUAAAAGGUAUGGAUGUGUGGUGAACGCUGCUCGUGAAUUCACCAAUCUUCUCACCCAACUCACCCAGGCCGAAAAAAAUCUCGCUGAAAGUCUCCAGCAGCUGUCAGUCAAAGAAGUCGCUAUCAAGCCACAAUGCUCAACGACUUCCGACUCAAUGCGACGGGUCGCCGAGCAGGCCAGCGCACUGGAUGGUUGCCUACGAUAUUUUUUAUCGUCAAUGGAAACCCUUCAUGCAAAAACCAUAGUCGACACUUUGGAGACAAUCUAUGCAACUGAAGGAGCUCGAAUUGAGUUCGAUGUUAGCCGACAUGAGUUGGAGUCACUGCACAGUCACGCUACAGCCAGUCCAACAGCUAUUCAAAUCGCUAGCGAUAAAGCGAGUCAACAUCGUGACAAAUAUGAAGGACUAAAGGCCGAUGUUCGGGUGAAACUACGGUUGUUGGAAGAGAAUCGCGUGAAGGUGAUGACGAAGCAACUGGAACAGUUGCAAGGCGCACUGGCGGCGUACUUCUCAGGAAAUGCCGAACUUCUAGCCGCAGCUCUUCGCGAGCUGGCUUCACUUUCAACUCCUGCCACCUCAUUUCUUUUAUAA